AUGACCGUGUUUCAACAGAAGGAAUACACGCAGAUGUUGGUAUCGAAUGCCAGUUUGUCUUUGGGAUCAUUGGAUCUUGAAGAAGAGUCCUCCGUGGAAUCCAGUGACGAUGAAGAGAGAGCGUCUCGGCAAAGGGCUUUGCUCGAUGCCAAGCUUUCCAAGACCUUCAGCACCAUAGCGGAGAUAAAGAAGAGACGGACAUGUUCCAUCGAUGAAGGACCGCCUGGAUUGCUAGCAGAGAGCAACCACUCUAAUGCUGAUUAUGUACGGCGCAGAGCUUCCAGGGAACAAAGAAAGAGAUCAUCGGGACUAUCCGCAUCUGAGCACUGUCCAGCUGCAAAGGAGCGAAAGGAGGAGACCCCUGAUCUUUCACUUACUGUCCAUGGUCCAACACCGCCAACACCACGCACUCGUAUUAAUCGCAACAGCGACCUCGACCUCGACUCGUUGCGGACAGUGAAUCUGGAUCCUUUGAAAGCAGCAGAUAUCAGACGAAGACGAAAUUCCCUAAGCAAUGAACCCUCCGCUGAAGACAAGCGUCGAGCACGCUUACUUGUCAAUCAUCAUCGAAGACGAAGUUUAGCUGGUGGUACGGUUGAUGGAGAGGGACAGCAAGAGCGCAACUCUAGAGAACUUGUUGGAGAGAAGGCCGAAACGAGAUCAAGACUACAGAAACGAGCCAAUUCGAAGAGAACACUUUCCAACGAUAGUGAUGCCUUUGGUUUCGUCGAUGAAUCUUCUGAAGCAAAACAAAUGAUGGAUAGAACUAGCUCAUCGAAAAGGCUUUCGGGCGGUAGCGCCUCUGGCCCUAAAGUACCCGAAUCGAUUGAGCAUAGAGAUUUUGUACGGAGAAGUGGCUCGAGACGAACCCUUUCAAACGAUAGUGACACUAUUGGAUUCCACAAAGAAUCGCCUGGCCCGAGAGUGAGGGUGCAGAGAAGCAGCGUCAGGAGGAAGCUUUCUAUCGAACUUGGACCAAUUCGGGCUGACCCAUCACCCUGUGUCCGAAAGCAAAAGAUUGCUUCUUCACUAGUGUUGUCGGAACUUGGUGUUUCCCGUCGUGAUAGUGGAUCCAAUGGACUGAGUGCUGCUAAUCGACGGAGGGAUUGUGCCCGUUAUAAGAGUUUCCGUUUGUCAGGGAACUCGAACGAAACUUGGGAUCAGUCUCCACCUGACAAAAAAAACUUCACAUGGACCUGGAGGAACGAUGAAACGGAACCCACGCUUAGACGGUCCAAUACAUCGAACACCUCUCCAUCUCAAAUUCGAAGUGCUGUGAGCAGUAUUUUGAGAGCAGAGUCUUUCACCUCGCCACCGCAAAAUGCAAAAAAUUCCAGACGCUUGUCCAUGCCAUCAGGUUCAGACCUUAGCCGAACGGAUCAUCCAAUGUCCUCUUCGAAAUUGUCACAACGUAACAAGCAACCAAAGAAAUCCCCAACGAGAACUUCCAAGUUUGCAGACUCUUUGCUAUCCCCUGCAGCACGUAGAAGAACUACUACACGCUCCAAAGAGACGAUAGGUCUUCCAGGCGGAAGAACUCAAUCAUUAACCAACCUUCCCCUUGCCAUCACCGACUCCAAAACCAAAUCCAAUCGAAAGAAGGGCAGAAGCUCUGCCAAUCUACGGCGGCAAGCAUCCAGUAAGACGACUAGAAUCUCACCUUUGGAAACAAACUGCUUCGAGACAUCGGGUGGCGUAGUCAACAAGAAUUGCAUUGGAGCCAUUGCCAUGGUUCUGAAACAAAGCAAUGAGGCAAAAGAAGAGUUGGAAUUCCAAAAGGAAGAAGAGCGUGAAGCCAAGCGAUCCCAUGUUCGGGCGAGAAGGCGUCAGCUCAGUGUCGAAUCGCCUGCAGCGAGGAUGUAG